GUGAAUUGGUGUCCCAUUUGCUCAAGACUUUCAACACCGGAACCGAUGUCUGAAUUAUCUCUGAACCAGAGUUGGGACUACUUGUCGGCGAGUUUGACACACUUCGAGCCAACACGUGGCCACAACUCGCGUGAACUCCAGACUGCGAUACAAGUACUCAAAGACAACUCAUUCCUCGAGAUACUCAUCGAAUGGUACUAUGAUUUGUACAACACAUACAUCAACGAAGAACUCGUACCGCAGUUUUGGUCGCCAUUCAAGACGAGACACCACUCGGCGUCCGCCGACUCCUCGGACACGCCAUUCCCCACGACAUCCACUCACGACAUCCUAUUCGCCGCCUUUAACGAGCUCUUCGUGUCCGCCAAUAAGUGGAUCGAAAACCAAGUGUUGAGAUCAGUGUUCGAGUUGUGCUCCGAUUGUCAA